CUCUCGAGCUCCCACAGCUUCACAUCGUCCUAUAAAACUCAAGGUCCCAGCACCAUUAUUUGAUCACAGAAAUCUCUCUUCAUAGAUCAUAUACAGAUAUUCCUGCCUGCAGGUAUUGAUUCUGUUCCUCACUUUUAACAGUACUAGCUGAUUGCAAAUUUGGUGCGACCAUUAAUUAUUAUAUCAUGACUGGGAUUGGAUUUCCGGCGUGCAUUCAAUGUGGCACGAGAAGCAACCCUUGCCGGUGCAAGGUGGUCGGCCCCACUCUUGGGUUCCUGGCGUUUGUCGUGGCUGGUGUUGUGGAAUGGCCGGUGGGGGCUUUGGUCUAUUGCUUUCGCCACAUGAAGGGCCGCCGCAUCAUGGCUCAUCCUGCCCACGUUGUUUACCCUCGCGUCUCCAAUGCCAUACCUAUUUGAUCAUUUCUUGAGGCCAAAGCUUGUCAUGUUGCUCUUUUCUUUUUCCUUUUUACUAGCAGCUUGUUAUAAUGUCUUAAACUUAUCUGAAAGUUGUGCGUUUUUGUUUUGCUUAAUCAGCCUAUAAAAAAAUAUAUUAUGAUAGUUUUUACCAUUUAAGUACUGCACGUUUUGAUAACAAUGUUUUGUAUCGUGUUUUACUAAUUACAUCAUGUUAAUGAAUAAACAUCCACUUGUACGUGCAA